GUACACCGGCCACCGUCCGAGUAGACUGCGACGAUCGGUAACUGGUCUCUGUUACGUGUACGAGUCACCGGCCGGUGACCGGUUGCCGAAGUCGAUUGCGCCGCGGAACUCCAACUUGUGGACGAGCAAGUUCUCCAGAGGCGAGGGAAUUGAGCUUUUGGAAUGCUUGAGGGACAUUGGCACAUGGAGAUUUGGUGGCUUUGAAGACGAGGAUUUGGCCAGUUUGCUCAGCACUGAGAGGAAUUUUAUUUGGAAUCGGUAAGCUGUAUAUCGAGGCAACGUCUAGAAGCCAAGCAGAUAUCAACUGACAAUCGACUUUGAAUGACAUCCAGUGUCAGUGUAUUUGAGAAUUGUGACAACGAGCAGCGUGACGGUGCUCAGAUCUGGUCCAGUGAAAUAAGAGUAUUGUUAUUAGGUUGGAGUGCUCAGUUUUGGUCAUGAUCAGUAUUUGCCGAUCGUGAAGCUUUCUGCCAAAAGGGAAUGCUGCAGUCUUCUCAGAGGCGAAUGGCAAAGAAGAAGAAGCAGCUGGUGGCUGCAGGGAAAGGGACCGAAAAGGAUUAUUAUGAUGUGUAUGGAAGCGAUGCAAAGCCUGAGGUGCAGUGGAAAUUGCCUGAGAAGUGUCCAAGGUUAGAUCUACAGGAUUUUCAGGAUCUCGUCUUAUGGAUGCUUGGCGAGGGUAAGAACCCUAGCUGGAUCUUCAUAAAGAACAAGCCUCUCGUCUCGAAGGUGGUGUUGCUAUUUAUCCCCGGAUUGGAUGCUGCACUAUUUAUGUCACAUCUAUCAUUGCUUCGCAACCUCAAGAUGUUAUGCGGAACCCCUCAAGCUGUUAUGGCCCUUAGCCCGACCACAAAUCCAGCUUCUACUAUAGGAGCACUUCUUACCUGUCCCCGUCGAAAACGGAAAGAUCUGCCAAAUGAUACCGACAAGGCGGUGAAGGUAGCUAGAACUAGCACAAAGAAAGGUCCUAAUCAACAGAGCAGAGUGAUCCAAAAAGAGUUGCAAGAGGAGCUUUCAUCUUUAGGUUCGAUCGAAGAUGGUAUUAAGACCCAAAAGGAGCCCACAGAGGGCAGCAGUGGUGAUGAUGCAGAUGAUAUAGUGGCUAAUGAGCAUUCAGAUCUUAGAGCUCCAAACGAUGUCUCAGCCCCAGCUUUUCCGGCAUCAUACUAUGUUCUUAGCAAGACAGAGAUGAAGGAGCAUGGCUACCCUAUGCCCGAUGUUACUUCCCCCGGAUCCAACAGUGAAUUGCCUGAAGGCUACGUGAUGACUCAACCUGCUUCAGGCAAGAAGUAUCCAGAGAUGGUUGCAGUUGAUUGUGAAAUGUGCUAUACUGCCGUUGGUCUGGAGCUCACACGGGUAUCACUGGUCGAUUCGAAGAAAAAGGUUCUCCUUGACAGUCUUGUAAUGCCUACAAAUCCUAUUCUUAACUACAACACUCGGUACAGUGGUAUCACAGCAGCGCUCAUGAAGAACGUAAAAACGACACUGAAAGACAUUCAGGAGCAAUUCAUCAAAACCGUACCAGCAGAAACCAUACUUGUAGGUCAUUCACUGGAAUGCGAUUUGGCAGCUUUGAAGAUCAUUCAUAUGAAAGUGAUUGAUACUGCCUUGUUAUACCAACAUCCAAAGCAUAAUGGAAAUUUCAAGCCCGCUCUUCGAAUGUUGGCCCACAGAUGGCUCCAACGCAGAAUUCAGGAUGGAUCAGAAGGCCAUGACAGCAUAGAGGAUGCACAGGCUGCAAUGGAUUUGACACUGUUAAAAGUUCGGGAUGGUCCUUCUUCUGGGUACGCAUGGAACGGCGCAGCUCAAAAUCGGAAAAGUCUGAUUGCUGUUCUCGAUGAGCAUGGACGGAGAUGCUCGUUAGUGGAUAGGAGGUCUGUGCUGCAUCAGCAUGCUACUGGAAGCGCCCAUGCCGUUGUGUGCUCUAAUGAUGAAGAAGUCCAGACCAAGGCUUCAGCAGAGGUCAACAAGCCAGAAGUGGACUUUGUCUGGACUCAAUUGGCUGAUGUGAACACUUAUCUCGACCGACGCGCUCAGAACCCUGAGCAGAAUGCUGCUCUUGUUGCUGAAGUUGCCGCUCUGAAAACUUGUAAUGAAGAUGAUCCGGACUCGCUGAUUGACCUACCAAUCUCAAGAGAGUUCGAAUUGAUUCUUGCCAAGACGGAUGAGAGAGUGAAGGCUUUGUACGAUGCUCUGCCGGUGAAUGCCAUGCUCUUGGUUGUAACAGGUCACGGAGACACUGCUUGUUUAAGGAGGUUACAGGCGGGGAUCAGAAACAUGAGAUUGAAGCCAGAUGCUCUAUCGCAAUCUUGGAUGGAAUCAUCCGACUCAGUUUACGAAGAACUAAGGAGUCGAGCGGAGACGGCCCUGGGCUUUGUAACUAUCAAACAAGCGACUCCGGAGGAGUGUAAGAUGGAAGUGUAGAAGGAAGAAAGUUGGAAUAGCGCAUUCGUACCUACUUCUGCUGUGGGUUGUCAUAACCAUCACAUUCUUUCACGGCCUGCGAGGAAUUUCUCGUUGACGGGCAGUGUAGAGAAUCUCGAUGCGAGGGAGCUUGACAGUGUUGACUACAAUUAUGGAGCACAAUAAAGUCAGAAUACAGUAAUUGGCAACGGAUGGUAGAUAUUGAAUCGGCUAUGCACAGAUAAGGUCCUGUCUCACAGUGGUCCAUUUUUCACCUUGUUUGAUUUAAUCUGAUGCCGGGAGUAUGCUGCGCUGGUACGUAGGAGGUUGCCCAGCUGUCAAACCGAGUUUGAGUAAAGAGGAAAAUAUGUAUAUGCAAAGUCCUGCAUGUUUAACACCGAACACCAAGGCAGCUCCCAGAGCUGCUACCAAACCUCUUCAGUCCCCGCCGCGAGCUAUGCAUCGACGGAGAAGGGGGGAAAAUCUAAGUUCUGUGUAGAAAAGACAUGUUGACCCUCGGUCUGACCUCUUUUAUCAACAGGUGGCAGACGUGCAGAACUGCAUGUUGAAUCUAAGUUUGCAGGUCCAAAACCGUUGAGCUUUCCUCGACAGGGUUUUCUGAGGGACCAUAACAAAUGUAUUUUUUAUAAGGAUUCCGGAAUCUGGUCAUCGUCAUCGUACAAGGCUUUGCUUUUAGUUGAGCUUCCAAAUUUGCAGUUGGGCUUACUAAUAGAAGUCACGGCCUGCAACAAGACAGGCUCUAAUCGUGUGUUGCUCGACGCUAUCGACUAUCUCAA